CGGCACCGGGGCCGGGCGGGGUUUGUCCCGGCGCCCUGCAGUGGAGCGGGUGACGCCAGCUCCGCCGCGGCGGCUUCGGGAGUCAGCUGUGGUUCCUUGAGCCGCCGCCAUCAUGCUGCUGCCCGUGUUCACCCUGAAACUGCGCCACAAAAUCAGCCCCCGCAUGGUGGCCAUAGGGCGCUACGACGGGAUUCACCCGUGUCUGGCGGCCGCCACCCAAGCGGGCAAGGUGUUUAUUCAUAAUCCUCAUACUCGGAGCCAGCAUUUGAGUGCGUCCAGGGUUUUCCAGAGCCCUCUGGAGUCGGAUGUUUCUCUUCUCAACAUUAACCAGGCUGUGAGCUGCCUGACUGCGGGAGUCUUGAACCCUGAGCUUGGCUACGAUACUCUUUUAGUGGGGACGCAGAAUAACCUUUUGGCUUACGAUGUCUAUAAUAAUUCAGAUUUGUUCUACAGAGAGGUAACAGAUGGGGCAAAUGCAAUUGUACUGGGGACAUUGGGAGAUAUUUCCUCUCCUCUUGCAAUUAUUGGUGGAAAUUGCGCUCUUCAGGGUUUUGAUUAUGAAGGAAAUGAUCUCUUCUGGACGGUUACCGGAGAUAAUGUUCAUUCCUUGGCCCUGUGUGACUUUGAUGGUGAUGGGAAAAAAGAGCUUCUUGUUGGUUCUGAGGAUUUUGAUAUCCGUGUUUUUAAGGAAGAUGAGAUUGUGGCAGAAAUGACAGAAACAGAGAUCAUCACCUCUCUAUGCCCCAUGUAUGGCAGUCGAUUUGGUUAUGCCCUUUCCAAUGGCACAGUUGGUGUUUAUGAUAAAACAGCCCGGUACUGGAGAAUAAAAUCUAAAAAUCAUGCCAUGAGCAUCCAUGCUUUUGACCUGAACUCUGAUGGGGUAUGUGAGCUGAUAACUGGUUGGUCCAAUGGAAAGGUCGAUGCUCGAAGUGACCGAACGGGAGAAGUUAUCUUUAAAGACAACUUUCCAUCAGCCAUUGCUGGUGUGGUAGAGGGAGAUUACCGCAUGGAUGGCCACGUGCAGCUGAUCUGCUGCUCAGUGGAUGGGGAAAUCCGAGGCUACCUGCCAGGCACAGCUGAGAUGAGGGGACACCUUAUGGAUACCAGUGUGGAGCAGGACCUGAUCCGGGAGCUGAGUCAGAAAAAGCAGCAUUUGCUGCUGGAACUUCGGAACUAUGAGGAAAAUGCCAAGGCUGAAUCGAGCAGCCCACUGAAUGAGGCCGAUGGACAUUGGGGCGUAAUCCCUGCCAAUACCAAGCUCCAUACUGCCCUCUCAGUCAAGCUGGGGAGUGAGAGUCAAGCUGCUCACAUAGAACUGUGCGUUUCCACGUCCAAUGAUACCAUCAUCCGGGCAGUACUGAUUUUUGCAGAGGGGAUCUUUAUUGGUGAAAGCCAUGUGGUACACCCCAGCAUUCACAACCUCGCCAGUUGCAUUCGUGUCCCAAUAACCCCUCCUAAAGAUGUUCCUGUGGAUCUGCACUUGAAAACCUUUGUGGGUUAUCGAAGCAGCACCCAGUUCCACGUAUUUGAAUUGACAAGACAGCUCCCACGAUUCUCCAUGUAUGCGCUGAGCAGCCCAGAUCCUGCCGGUGAGCCCAGCAGUUAUGUGAACUUCAUCAUUGCAGAACGGGCACACAGGGUUGUCAUGUGGCUCAACCAGAACUUUCUGUUACCAGAAGAUGCUGCCAUUCAGAAUGCUCCAUUUCAAGUGUGUUUCACCUCCUUGCGGAAUAGUGGCCAGCUGUAUAUAAAAAUGAAACCAAGUGGAGAGACCACUGUAAAAACUGAUGAUAUUGACUUGGCUGGUGAUGUCAUCCAGUCAAUGGCAUCAUUCUUUGCUAUUGAAGAUCUUCAAGUGGAAGCGGACUUUCCUGUCUACUUUGAGGAAUUACGAAAGGUGCUGGUUAAGGUGGAUGAAUAUCAUUCUGUGCAUCAGAAGCUUAGCGCCGACAUGGCUGAUCAUUCCAAUGUGAUCCGGAGCCUGCUGGUCCGCGCUGAGGAUGCUCGUCUGAUGAGGGACAUGAAAACAAUGAAGAGUCGCUAUAUGGAGCUCUAUGACCUUAACAAAGACUUGCUAAAUGAAUAUAAAAUCCGCUGUAACAACCACACGGAACUCUUAGGAAACCUUAAAGCAGUAAAUCAGGCAAUUCAAAGAGCAGGUCGUCUGCGAGUUGGAAAACCAAAGAACCAGGUGAUCACUGCUUGUCGGGAUGCAAUUCGAAGCAACAACAUCAACACACUAUUCAGAAUCAUGCGGGUGGGGACGGCCUCCUCCUAGGAGAGAGAAGAGGGAACAAAGGGUCUUCCCAAAACAUCAGGCAGGUUUACGGGGAUCACACCCUGGCGAACCGAGGGUGCUAGCAAUGGAAACGGCUUCAGGGAGUUGUACAAAGUGGACAAAACAUUAC